CUUUUGAGACAGCCGGCCCGGGCCCGGUGGCCGCUGCUUUUUUACCGCCUUCAUCGUGACCUUGGUUGCGUCUUUUGACCUGUCUGGUCCCAGUGUCUUCACCUACAAAAAGGGAAGGUGUUCUUCCUCAUCCGUUCCCGAGGCUUAAGGAGCACCGUCGGUCCUUGGUGGGCGUCAGCUUUGUGCUGUCAAGAAGAAAAACUACCAUGGCUUCCAGUUCUUUGACAAAACCUCAGAUGCGUGGCCUUCUGGCCAAGCGUCUGCGAUUUCAUAUUGUUGGAGCAUUCGUUGUCUCCUUGGGAGUUGCAGCUUUCUAUAAGUUUGCUGUGGCUGAACCAAGAAAGAAGGCAUAUGCAGAUUUCUACAGAAAUUAUGAUUCCAUAAAAGAUUUUGAGGAGAUGAGGAAGGCUGGUAUCUUUCAGAGUGCAAAGUGAUUUUGGAAUAUAAAGGCAGACUGUUCCUGAAGGAGCAUUCCAAUUGCCAUAUAAUUUCUUUGGGUUGAGUUCCAUGGAAGUUUGUCACUUACCUGUGUUCCUGAACUAUGAACUAAUAAUAUCUGGGCUAAGGAGUAGUUUCUCAUGAUAAAUAAAUGAUUAACAAAUACUGUGGACACUAAUUUUUGUGCAGUUACUCUUGCUGAUACAUACAGUUCAAGGUACUUGCAUUUAGAAUUGGUCUGGGAUUUUUAACUUUAUGAAUCUUAUGACGAUAACUUGAUUUCAAUAUUUUUUAAAAUUUUCAUUAUUUUAGGACAUUUUUGAUUCCUCUCACAUUUUGUCCAUUUCACUGAGGUAACUGCCUGGGCCAUGGGUUUAAGGGUCUGCAUGAGCCUACCUGACUACUGUACUGUGGGCUCUUAAAAGGAACAGAGACUUGCCUUUCCAGUAAAAACAUCUUUGGACUUCAUUGUCACUGGAGUGCCCUACUGGAUCCAACCACUGCACAGAUGCAAUAGUAGGUAAUGAAACUUUAAGGUUCUUUACU